CAUCCUCUCUUCGUCACCAUCACCCCGAGUCGUCUACAAGGUUUGUUGGCUAUCAACACUCAAGUGGCCAGCGCGCUCAUAUCGUACAGGCGUGGUCUCCGCCGACCGAGACGCAACAUGAUCGCCUCCUCGUUGUCAGCUUGCCUAGGCCUCGCCACCGCCAGCCGCAGUGCGCCGGCAGUGCGCGCCCUAAGCACAACGUCGUCCGCCUUGCGACCAUCUGGUGACGUCCUGCGUCCUCGCACAGCGCCAUCCAACGCUGGCCUGCCCGCCAGUGUAGCGCGUGAUCGUCGUCCUGCGGUGGCGGAGCCGCAUACUCCGCCGACUGUACCAGAGGAGCAGGCGCCAAACUACCGGUCCACCUGGUCCGUCGGGCAGAGCCCGCGUGAGAACGCGAUGCGCGGCCCUCGGUUCGAACAGACCAAGAUGGAGUUCCAGCCACAGCCGCUCAGCGCUAUGGAGAUGAUCCAGAGGGAACCGAUCCGCCUGGUCACCUCACGUGUUGCCUCCUGUGACGGAGGAAAAGGCCCGCUUGGACACCCAAAGGUGUUUAUCAACCUCGACAAGCCGGGCGCCAAGAGCUGUUCAUACUGUGGCAUCCGCUUUGAGCUUGACCACUCGCACGCCGGGCACGGCCACUGAGUGUAUGCUAUCAGAGACGAUGAAUUCAAGGUUUUACGAGAUCUCUCCUGCGAAUAGCCUCUAUUCGAAUUCAUCGUCCUUGCGCGGCUCGAGAAUGCGAAUUUCAGCUUCUAUGGCUCCACUCCGCACUCUUCCUGAAUGACCUUUCUAAUCGCGACUUCAACAUCGUCCACGAUGAGCGUUGGCUCAUGCUCCGGCCGACCGAGUGCAUCUCUAUAGACUCCAGUCCUGACCAGCGCUGACUUCCAUCCGAAUGCAUUAGCUCCUGCAAUGUCGGAUGCAGGGUUGUCACCGAUCAUCCACACUGAUGCUGGUGCUGGAGGAGUCUGUUGCGGGUCAGAGGACAGCCGUGCGAGCCGUUCUUGCAGCAGCGCAUCGGCAAACUCAUACGUCAGUCUGCAGGGUUUGCCAAAAGCUAUUGAUUCGAGUG